AUGGGAAAUUGCUCUAGGAAGCCUUCAACAUCCAACCCAUCUUCCAAUCAACUAUCAUUCGAGUCAAAGAAUGAUCAUAAACAUCAUGAUGAAGCAUCUUCCAAAAGUGACCCAUCUAUUGCCAAUAACCUUAAAGCAUUUAGUUUUUCUGAUCUUAAGAAUGCCACAAGGAAUUUCCGGUCAGACAGUUUAAUUGGAGAAGGGGGUUUUGGAUGUGUUUUUAAAGGAUGGAUAGAUGCAGUCACUCUUGCUCCUAGUAAACCAGGAACUGGUAUUGUUGUAGCCAUUAAGAAGCUCAAAGCAGGAAGUUUUCAAGGUCACAGGGAAUGGCUUACUGAAAUCAACUACUUGGGACAGUUGCACCAUGAAAAUUUAGUCAAGCUCAUUGGGUAUUGCUGCGAAUAUGAGAAUAGACUUCUAGUUUAUGAGUUUAUGAUGAGAGGAAGUUUGGAGAAUCAUCUAUUUAGAAAAAGUAUUGAACCGAUUCCCUGGACAACAAGGAAACGUAUUGCACUAGAUGUUGGACGUGGGUUAUCCUUCUUACAUAGUUUAGAUGCGAAUGUAAUCUUUCGUGACAUGAAGGCUGCUAACAUUCUACUCGACUCGGAUUUUAAUGCGAAACUUUCAGACCUUGGCUUGGCAAGAGAUGGUCCAACAGGAGAUAAUACACAUGUGUCCACAAGGAUUGUUGGAACACAAGUUUAUGCUGCUCCAGAAUAUGUAGCAACAGGUCAUCUGUCCCCAAAGAGUGAUGUAUACAGUUAUGGAGUUGUGUUACUAGAGCUUCUCUCAGGAAGACGGGCAAAUGGGGAUGACAAUGGGGGAGGGCCUGAAGAAACAUUGGUGGAUUGGGCAAUUCGGUUUUUAGGUGAUGAGAGACGAGUAUUCAGAAUAAUGGACACGGGAUUGGGAGGGCAAUACUCGAAAAAGGAUGUAAAAGUUAUAGUUGGGCUGGUGUUGAAAUGCCUUAAUGUAGACCCUAAGAAAAGACCAUCUAUGAUAGAUGCUGUAAAUACAUUGGAAAACCUUGUCAUUCCAAAAGGGACAACCACUCCAUUGAGGAAACCACAAAAUGAUGCAUCUUUUGCACUAAAGAAGGUUCCUUCAAGUUAAUUUAUAGUGU